AUGCAAAACCUUGUACAAAGUGGUUCCGACGAAGAGACAGAAUUUAUUUUCGAUUCUAAUACAGUUCAAAUCAACGAAAGUAAGAGCAAAAUUUCGAAAGCAAAUGUAAAUUGUGGAAUCUCAUUAUAAUUAUAGGAUGAGAUCCAACAACUGAAUGAUUAAAAUAAAGAAUUAGCCACCCAACUCAAUAAAUAGAAUGAAUUGCUUGAUUUAAAACAUAAGUAGAAUUAAUAGUUGCAAACAGAAGUAACUAAAAUAAAGGAAGUAGUUGACGAUAGAGAACUCAAAUUACUAUAAUCUAUGAAGGAAAAACAAUCAUUAUAGAAUGAACUAAUCGGAUUGCAUGAUAUAUUGGAUCAAACUACUUAAAAAAAUGAUCAACUUAAUUCUGAAGUGUUUGCAAUUAGAUUGACCAUGGAACAAUUAUAAUAAACUGCUACCAUGUGCAAGGAAGACACUAAUCAAGCUUUACAACGAGAGUUGAGAUUAAAAGAGAACGUUGAGGUAUAGACUAAAACAAUCAAACAACAAGAGGAAACAAUUAGAAAAAUCACUAAUGAGCUUAAUCAAAAGUAAGCCCAAUUUAGGAUUGAUAUUCAAAAUAGAGACAACAUAAUUUAAGAUUUAAAAAGAAAACAUGAUUUGUAAUUGUAAUAGAAUACCGAAAUAAUCUCUGAAUUAAUUGAAUUUAAAAAUUAAAACCUAUAGAACUCAGUCAUGAGCAAAGAUUACAAACCAGAACUUACUAAAAUGACAAAAGAGAUCGAAGAAUAUAAGAAUCAAAUUAAAGGAUAAUCUCAUUAGUUAAGCAUUUAAACUGAAAAGGUGUUUGCCCUCUAAAAUUAAUUGGCCAAGUCUGAAUAAUCAAUUUCAGAUCUUUUCACAGAACUCCAAUAAACCAAAUUGAAAUUAAAGGAGAAAGACUAAGAAUUAUAAAUUAAACAAGGAGAGAGUUUGAUAACAAUUGAAAAAUUAAAUACUUAAAUUUCUCAAAUGGCUAAUCAAUUAUAAUUAUUAAAAUAAUAGGACCAAAAGAUCAAUUUGGUUAGAAGCAUUUCAUAACCCUCUGAUGAAAAGUACCUAAAAGAUUUACAAUAAAAAAAUGAUCAAAUUGCUAUGUUACAAAAAGAGAAUAAUCAAUUAGUUAAAUUAAUUGAAACACUCUAGAGUUAGAAAACUGACAUUCAAGGAAAUGAAGCUCUUAAGGUUAGACAAUUGGAAUCAGAAUUGAAAAGUCUCUAAUCAUUCAUUUAUGACAGUCCUUUGGUCGUGUUAUUUAAUCUUCUUGAAGACAGAUUGUCCAAAUAAUAAUAAAAGAGUUUUGAGAAUAAGAAGAAGAUUUAGGAGUUUUGGAGCAAUCAAUUAAAACAGUGGGUAGAAGGUUUCGAGGAAUUGAAGAAAGCAUUUAAUGGUCUUAAGAUCCAAUUCAAAUAUGACCUCAAGUAUCCGAUGCCAGCUCAAUAGUAAAAUGAAUGAAUUAUUGAUAUGAAAUUAUAUAAAACAAUAAUAAAAAAUCAAUUAAUAUUAUGAAAA